AUGAGGGGCGUUGGGAGUCCAUUAGUGGCAUAUGUCUGCCGCAGCUGUACUGCAAACUUGCGGAAUGCAAGACCAGCAGCCUUGGGCCUCCACAUCCGACUAGCCUCUACCGCUGUGGAUCGAAAACAGGCCAACUUCUCUGCCUUCUUCUUCGACAACCACAGGUGGUCUGCGAAAGGAAAAGAAGCCCCAGUACCGCCGAGACCGGUGCUUCAAGCUGUCCGCGGUCACUCCAUCGACGCUGCAUAUUCUCCUGCCGUCGAGACCUCUGUAACGACCUACAAGAGGGCCGAAGCACUCACACCCCGACGACUAGCCAAAAUAUAUGUGCAGCUAGCCAAGUCAAAUCUGACCGUCCUCGUCGUUUUGACCGCCAUGGCUGGCGUUGCUCUCUCGCCUCUUCCUACCACUGUCCCUGUCCUCCUUUCCACUGCUCUCGGGACGGCGCUUUGUUCCGCUUCCGCCAAUGCAUUCAACCAGAUCCAAGAGAUUCCGUACGAUGCGCAGAUGGCCCGCACGCGCAAUCGCCCGCUCGUUCGGCGAGCCAUCAGUCCCCUGCACGCGACCGCGUUCGCAGUCACGACAGGCGUCGCCGGCCCUGCCCUCCUUUGUACGAUGGUAAAUCCUACCACAGCUCUCCUCGGAGCAGCAAACAUAGCGUUAUACGCUGGGGCAUACACGUAUCUCAAGCGCAAGAGCAUCGUCAACACCUGGGUCGGCGCCGUCGUCGGGGGCAUCCCCCCGCUCAUGGGCUGGACGGCCUGCGGCGGCUCACUCCUCCCCUCCUCCCUCCAGAACGUCGAACUCGUCCUCCCCUCAUUCCUCUCCUCCGUCACGACAGAUGUGCUCGCUGCGGCGGAGAAUCCGCUUGCGCCGCUUGCUCUUUUCUUGCUCCUCUACAGCUGGCAAUUCCCGCAUUUCAACGGACUGUCGCACCUCGUCCGCGAGUCGUAUGCUCAGGCCGGGUACCGAAUGCUAUGUGUCCUCGACCCGCACAAGAACGCAACAGUGGCGCUACGACAUGCGUUAUUGCUUGUGCCGGCGACGUCGAUCCUGUUCCCUCUCGCGGGAUUGACGACUUGGGGGUUCGCACUUACGAGCAUUGUCCCACACGCGAUCUGCGUGGACGCAGCGUACAAGUUUUGGAAGUUCGGUGGAGAGAAGCAGGCGAGGAAGGUGUUCCAGCACAGUCUCUGGUAUCUUCCGGUUUUGUUGGGGCUCAUGAUGUUCCACAAAAGAGGUAUGGAUUGGGGCUCUUGGAUAGGGCUAGGUGAGGGUGGCGAUGUCGAUGAUGAAGCAGCGGGCGAGUCGGAGCAGACGAGUGUGGAGGCCGCAUCUACAUAG